UUGUGUGUACGGUCAGUUUUGAAACUCGGCCAUGCUUCUUCUUCACUCUCUCUAUCUUCUUCUUGUUUCUUCUUAAAAAACUACAAACCAACGCACAAUGAAUCUUCUUCUUCUUCUUAUUCUUGUUCUACUUGUUUUUCUAAUACAACCCUUUUGGAUUCAUGCUUCUUCAUUCUCAAAUCACCCAAUUGCUUUCUCAUUCUCAGCUCCUCUUUCUUCACCACUCAUUUCUCCCAUUUCUUCUUCAAUGGCUGCCUUUUCUCCAGGUAUUCAAACGGGCAGUGACGACAAGAGCCGUGUAGAUUCACAUCACAGAAUGAUUGUUGCACUCAUUGUUACAUGUAGUGCACUUGGUGCAAUUAUUUUAUCUUUAUUGUGUUUGUGGCUUUAUCAUUUGAAGUUCUCACACAAAUCCAGCAAUAAAAAUGCUAAGAACCCAGAUGCUGAGAAUGGACUUGGUUUAUCGCCAUUUUUGGGUAAAUUCAAUUCUGUAAGAAUGGUUAAUAAGAAGGGAGCUGUUAUUUCAUUUAUUGAUUACAAGUUAAUUGAGAAAGCAACCGACAAUUUUCAUGAGAGUAAUAUUUUGGGUGAGGGUGGAUUUGGAUGCGUUUAUAAGGCUAGCUUGGAUGAUAACUUGAUUGUUGCCGUCAAGAAGUUAGAUUGUGCUACUCAAGAUGCUGGAAAAGAAUUCGAGAAUGAGGUGCAUAUACUAAGCAAUAUUCAGCAUCCAAAUAUAAUUACUCUUCUGGGUUACAGUGUUUGUGAUGAGACAAAGUUCAUUGUUUAUGAAUUGAUGCAUAAUGGAUCUCUUGAAACUCAACUGCAUGGUCCUUCUCAAGGAUCAGCGUUAACUUGGCAUAUGCGGAUGAAGGUUGCCCUUGAUACAGCAAGAGGAUUAGAAUAUCUCCAUGAGCACUGCAAUCCACCAGUCAUCCAUAGAGAUCUGAAAUCGUCUAAUAUACUUUUGGAUUCCAACUUUAAGGCUAAGCUUUCGGAUUUCGGUCUUGCCAUAGCUGAUGGAGGUCAAAAUAAGAACAACCUUAAGCUUUCUGGCACGUUGGGUUAUGUAGCUCCAGAGUAUCUAUUAGAUGGUAAAUUGACAGAUAAGAGUGAUGUCUAUGCUUUCGGGGUUGUGCUUCUGGAACUUCUUCUGGGAAAAAGGCCAGUGGAGAAACUGGCACCAGCUCAGUGCCAAUCUAUUGUCACAUGGGCCAUGCCUCAACUGACGGAUAGAUCUAAACUUCCAAACAUCGUGGACCCUGUGAUAAAAAAUACAAUGGAUCUGAAGCAUUUGUACCAGGUUGCUGCUGUUGCCGUGUUGUGUGUGCAACCGGAACCAAGCUACCGCCCAUUGAUAACGGAUGUCCUACACUCUCUUGUACCACUCGUUCCCAUUGAGCUUGGAGGCACUCUAAGAGUUACACCACCAGGGCCUCCGGCAAACACCACCAUACCUUAAGGAUGGAAUGCCCAAAAGAUACAGAAGAACCAUUGUGAUGAUGCAGCGCCAUUUUGAUGGCUUUUAACAUAUAAUUUUUAUUCCUUUUGGUUAUCGAGGUGGAUGGUUGGUCUGGUUAAAGAGAUAAAGAGUAUUGGAUUCUUCUUCACAUAUGUACAUUGAAGCUUUAGAUGUAUUAUGAUUUCUCUAGCAUUCUGAAAAUCACUUGUU